AUUCAGAAAGUAUUAAAGUAUCACUGUAUUGCUAUCUGACAGCAUCAGUACUUUCUGUUACAGACUGUACAACAAAGACUCGAAGCCAGCACUUCUUGAGCGUGGCUUUAUGAUUCUAGAGAGUUCAAGGUUGUUGCGGCGCUUCCGGUGACGUCAUCGCGCACCGACCGACGUCCGUGAUGGACCUGCAGCUGUUCUCUGACAAACAAUAACAAGAGCAGCGAGCGAGCGAGCGAACAGCGGCUUCCGUGUCUGUAAUCGCGCUGAUAUCGAGCCUGUGAGGCGUCUCGACUCUGACAUCGCCGGCGAGGAAACUCUGGCCUCCGCUGCCUCCUCCUCCGACUCGGAAACCGGCGGAGCUUCGCCGCCCCCGCGGAAGAAAAGCCGAGGCUCGGCGGCGGAGGGAGCAGGAGAGAGCGGGGCGUCUGCUGCCGGGAUCACGGGCCUCUCUGCGGCGUCUCUCCCAACCCCCCACCAGCGCUCGGCCAUCCGUCUCAAUAACAGCUCGCAGUCGCGCGGAUCCGCCGCUGUAAACGCCUUUUAUAAGAUGCAGGCCAACGGGACCGGAGGACAGGAGCCGGAGCCGGAGCCGGAGUCGCAGCUGUCCUGCAGGAACGGAGAGUCCUCGUCCUCCGCCGCGGGAGCGGUGCACUCCAACGGGCUGCUGUCCUCCGCGAAUAACGGGCUGCCGUCCACCGAGAGCCCGGCGUCUGACACCAGCACGAAGAAGAAGAAACGACUGUCCCAGAGCGACGAGGACGUGAUCCGGCUCAUAGGACAGCAUCUCCACGGGCUGGGACUCAAUCAAACUGUGGACCUGUUGAUGCAGGAAUCGGGCUGUAGACUUGAGCAUCCUGCUGCUACCAAGUUCAGGAAUCAUGUGAUGGAGGGGGAGUGGGAAAAGGCUGAGAGUGACCUCAACGAGCUGAAAGCACUGAUGCAUUCACCCAGCGCUGUGAUGCGGAUGAAGUUCCUGCUCCUGCAGCAGAAGUAUCUGGAGUAUCUGGAGGACGGGAAGGUUCUAGAAGCGCUGCAGGUGCUCCGAGCCGAACUCACGCCCCUGAAGUACAACACUGAACGCAUCCACGUCCUCAGCGGGUACCUGAUGUGCACUCUUCCCGAUGACCUGCGAGCUAAAGCUGAGUGGGAAGGCAAAGGGACGGCCUCACGAUCCAAACUCCUCGACAAGCUGCAGACGUACCUGCCUCCGUCUGUGAUGCUGCCGCCGCGUCGUCUGCAGACGCUCUUGCGGCAGGCCAUGGAGCUGCAGAGAGAUCGCUGUCUCUACCACAACAGCAAACUGGACAGCGGACUGGACGACGUGUCUCUGCUCAUAGACCACGUGUGCAGCAGGAAACAGUUCCCCUGCUACACCCAGCAGAUCUUGACAGAGCACUGCAAUGAAGUCUGGUUCUGUAAAUUCUCCAACGAUGGCACCAAACUGGCCUCGGGGUCCAAAGACACAACAGUCAUCAUAUGGCAGGUUGACCCUGACUCUCACCAGCUCAAGCAGCUGAAGACGUUGGAGGGUCAUGCCUAUGGGGUUUCCUAUCUGGCCUGGAGCCCUGAUGACACGUAUCUGAUAGCGUGCGGCCCGGACGACUGCUCCGAGCUCUGGCUGUGGAACGUGCAGACAGGGGAACUGAGAACCAAAAUGAGCCAGUCCCAUGAGGACAGCCUGACCAGCGUGGCCUGGAAUCCAGACGGCAAGCGUUUCGUUACCGGAGGUCAGAGAGGCCAGUUCUACCAGUGUGAUCUGGACGGAAACCUGCUGGACUCCUGGGAGGGUGUUCGUGUUCAGUGUCUGUGGUGUCUGAAUGACGGCAGGACAGUGCUGGCCUCUGAUACACACCAGCGCAUCCGUGGAUAUAACUUUGAAGAUCUGACCGACAGGAACAUAGUUCAAGAGGACCAUCCGAUAAUGUCCUUCACCGUGUCAAAGAACGGGAGAUUAGCUCUGUUAAAUGUCGCAACUCAGGGAGUUCAUCUGUGGGACCUGCAGGACCGGGUGUUAGUCAGGAAGUACCAGGGUGUGACUCAAGGCUUCUACACCAUCCACUCCUGUUUUGGCGGCUACAACGAAGACUUUAUCGCCAGUGGCAGUGAAGACCACAAAGUUUACAUCUGGCACAAGCGCAGCGAGCUGCCCAUAGCCGAGCUGUCGGGUCACACACGCACGGUCAACUGCGUGAGCUGGAACCCCGCGCUGCCGGGCCUCAUGGCCAGCGCCUCGGAUGACGGCACCGUGAGGGUCUGGGGUCCCGCACCCUUUCUGGACUCCCAGGAGACCGAGGGGCUCACCGAAUGCUAUAGCAUGGACAGUUGAUGUUGACUCCGGAGCAGAUGUCCACUUUGGAAAAUAUACAGUGAGACACACUAUAGACUUUGUGAAUGAAGAACGAGAAAUGAAGUAAAUCUAACGGCAGAUGUUAGAUUUUUUCCUGGCGGUUUCACAUCCCCACCCGCAGCGCAGCGGACACAUGAAGCUGGCGGCUGCCCUUCAUCAUCUGACUUCACAUCCGUGUGGCGGCCCCAAACGCACACGCCUCGUUGAGGACACGCCCCUCCUCGGCUCAAGCUCCUCCCCCUCCCCUACACUGCAUUCUGAGUGGACAACUGCCUCCUGAAGCCACACCCACCCACACACACGGACAAACAUCGCUCAGAUCGUUAUUUAUUACGGCUUUAAUUUAUUAUUGUGAAUGAAUCAAGGCCUCAGGCUUGCUUUGUGUUCUGUACAAUAUUCACUCAGCGAGGGGACAAAAAAAAGUGCAAUCUCUCGCACGUGUCGGAGAGAGAACAAAUCAUAUCUUUAUUUUUCAGCAUGAACUUCUUUUAGCCACCUCGUAUGCUUGAAAGUAAGUGUCUUCACCAGCAGAUAUAAGAUAUUGUUUUCGUUUCCCUCACGACAAUUUUAAACGACUGAAUUUACAGGCGUUUUUUUAACUGAUUGAUAUUCGUUUCGAUUCGAAAAGCCCAAUAAUGACCCCAUUAUUUUUCAUUGCUUAUGCUACUUUAUUCUGAGAGCGGGAAGUGAUGGAUUGUUAUUCUUUAGUCUUGAGAUGUAAGAUUUACGAAGAAAGACGCAUAACAGGACAGGACAAAACAGGUUGUUUUUUGGUAACGGGGUUGAAGACAAACUAAACUAGGCUCGCUAAGAUGCUAAUGACACGCCAAUGAGCCGACGUCACGUUCCACAUGUAAAUACAGGCCUUCAGCAUGCGUACUUUGCCUUCGUUAGGUGUUCGUGACGUGCUUGAGGUCAUUUUUGCAGUGAAUGUUCAGGCUCUCGGUGUGAGACGAGUGAUUUUGUCACGGUAAGUACGUCAGAACAGACUCCCAAAUGUUUCUGAGUUCAGUUUCCAUGUUUGAUGUCCGUUUUUUUCCCCCCUCCUCUUCGGUCUCGUUUCCUCUCGUAUUAUCACAUCUUGACUUUUUAUGUUUGGUUUUUUUUUUAAAUGCUUUUCGGACAUAUAUGAUUACUCAUCAGCUUUUCUUAGUUUUAUUGGCUUUUAUUUUGGGUUGAUUUAUUUGUUUUGCUUUAUUGCUUUUUCCCUUGUAUUAUCGUAUAACGGAUGUCUUGGCAAGUGGCCUCUUGAAUGCUUUUUUCUAUUGGUGAAUUUCUUAUACUUUCGCACCAUAUGACGCAUUAGUACACGCAGGUGUACCCGUAAUGAUUUAGGUAUUCAGAGUGUCAUCAAUCGCCUACUAUGAUUCAUUCUGUAAUUAUGUGCUCUUCAUAUACAUGUAUAUGAAGAAUAUAUAUAUAUAUAUAUAUAUAUAUAUAUAUAUAAAUAAAUAUGUGUGUGUAUUUCUUGCCAUGUAUCCUCCCUUACAAAUGUUAACCGUUUCUCACCUGCAUCAGGUAAACUCCUUGUACAGGUUAUUUGCUCCCUGACCAGCCGAACCUGUUCCAUUAGCGAGGAGUGACGCGCACAAACGAA